ACAACCCGUCUUUAUAUAGGCCAGAAUCCAGAGCAAAGAUGGCCGCCAGAGCAGCAACAAAACUCGCUCCUCCUCUUCGUGAGCUCAGGAUUCACCUCUGCCAGCGAUCUGCGGCGAGUCAGGGAGUUAGAGACUUCAUCGAAAGCAGCUAUGUGGCACUAAAGCAGGCCAACCCCAAGUUCCCCAUUCUCAUCAGGGAAUGCUCUGGUGUUCAACCCAAGGCAUGGGCUAGAUAUGAUUUGGGCAAAGAAGCCAGUGUUUCCUUAGAGGGCCUCUCUUCCGGUCAAGUUGGAGAAGCUAUUCAAAAAUUGGCUCAGGCUUAAAUGAAGUGCCACACACUGAACCUUAGAUUUAUAUGUAUAGUGUAUAUAUGUGAUCAUCUAUGAGAAUAAAUGAUUUAAAGUAUUUAAA